AUGGGCAAAACCGUAGAACAGAUUUACCAGAAGAAGACUCAGCAUGAUCACAUCCUCACGCGUCCUGACAUGUACAUCGGCACGAUUGAGCCGGUGACAGACGACAUCUGGGUCUAUGACGAUGCAGAGAACAUUAUGAAGCAGCACAAGUGCACCUGGACACCCGGGCUGUACAAGAUCUUUGAUGAGAUACUGGUCAAUGCGGCGGACAACAAGGUACGCGACCCGAUCGGCCAGACCGUCAUUCGGGUGUGGAUGACGGAGAACUAUGUGCGAGUGUACAACAACGGCGAGGGCAUCCCAAUCCAGAAGCAUCGCGAGCACGAUCUCUGGGUGCCGGAAAUGAUCUUUGGGCACCUCCUCACCUCCUCCAACUAUGACGAUGAGGAGGCGAAGGUGACGGGCGGGCGCAACGGCUUCGGCGCGAAGCUGACGAACGUAUUCUCGAAGCAGUUCGAGGUCGAGACCGUGCACAGCCGCUCUCGCAAGAAGUUCUACAUGAAAUGGACGAACAACAUGCUGCAACACGACGACCCUAUUAUCGUGUCGUGCGACAGCGCCGACUACACCAUGGUCACCUUUUACCCCGACUUUGCACGCUUCCACGUCGAUAAGUUUAGCGAGGACAUGCUGCUGAUGAUGAAGCGACGCGUGUACGACGUCGCGGGGUGCACCGACAAGACACUCAAGUGCUUCCUGAACGAUGAGCGCAUCGCCUGCACCACUUUCCCGGAGUACGUCGACCUCUACCCCACCAUGGGCGAGGAGAGGAAGGCGGCGAGCUACUCGCGCGUGAAUGACCGGUGGGAGGUGUGCGUACGUGUGUCGAACAUUGGGCCACAGCAGGUGAGCUUCGUCAACUCCAUCGCCACCACCCGCGGCGGCACACAUGUCAAGUACAUCAUGGACCAAAUCAUCUCCAAGGUGGUGGAGCAGGCCAAGAAAAAGAAGAAGACAGACGUGAAGCCGCACAUGAUUAGGCCGCACAUUUUUUUAUUCGUCAACUGCCUCAUCGAGAACCCCGGCUUCGACUCGCAGACGAAGGAGACCCUCAACACUGUCAAGAGCAAGUUCGGCAGCACGUGCGACCUGCCCAACAGCAUCAUCGACUACAUCAUGAGCUCCGGCAUCGUUGAGCGCUCAGUCGAGAUGGCGAACAGCAAGAUCGCGAAGGAGAUGGCGUCCAAGAUGAGGUCGUCGGACCGGAAACAGAUCAUGGGCAUCCCGAAGCUGGACGACGCCAACGAGGCGGGCGGCAAGUACAGCCACCGCUGCACGCUCAUCCUCACAGAGGGUGACUCAGCCAAGACACUCUGCACGGCCGGCCUGGCGGUGAAGGACCGGGACUACUUUGGCGUGUUUCCGCUGCGCGGCAAACCCCUCAACGUGCGCGAGGCGUCGCUGAAGAAGCUGGCGGCCUGCGAGGAGAUCCAGUGCGUCAUGAAGAUUAUGGGGCUCGACAUUCGCCAAAAGUACGAGAACACAGACGGGCUGCGCUACGGCCACCUUAUGAUCAUGUCCGAUCAGGACCAUGACGGGUCGCACAUCAAAGGGCUGCUCAUCAACUUCAUUCACUGCUUCUGGCCGAGCCUGCUGCGGGUGCCUGGCUUUCUUCAGGAGUUCAUCACGCCGAUUGUGAAAGCCCGGCCAAAAGGCCGCGGCGGGGCCGGCAAGGCCAUCUCCUUCUUCUCCAUGCCGGACUACUUCGAGUGGAAGAAGGCGAUUGGUGACAACCUGAGCAACUACCAAAUUCGGUACUACAAGGGUCUCGGCACGUCCGGCGCUGAGGAGGGCCGCGAGUACUUCGAGAACAUUGACCGGCACCGCCUCAGCUUUGUGGAGCAGGAGCAGAGCGAGGAGGACCGCAUUGUCAUGGCCUUUGGCAAGGACCGCGUCGAGGACCGCAAGGAGUGGAUCACGAACUUCAAGACGAACGUGAACGUGAAUGAGUCGAUGGACUACAACGUGCGCCAGGUGUCGUAUCGAGACUUUGUGGACAAGGAGCUGAUUCUCUUCUCCAUCGCCGACUGCGAGCGCAGCAUCCCGAGCGUGAUUGACGGCUUCAAGCCCGGCCAGCGCAAGAUCCUGUUCUCCUGCUUCAAGCGCAACUUGGUGAACUCCAUCAAGGUCGUGCAGCUUGCCGGCUACGUCUCGGAGCACUCCGCCUACCACCACGGCGAGCAGUCGCUUGUCCAGACGAUCGUCGGAAUGGCGCAGGACUUUGUGGGCAGCAACAACGUUCCGCUGCUCCGCAAGGAUGGCCAGUUCGGUACGCGUCUGCACGGUGGCAAGGACCACGCCGCGGGCCGCUACAUCUUCACCCGGCUCAUGCAGGUCGCCCGGGCCAUCUUUCACCCGGCCGACGACUUUGUGGUCGAGUACAAGGACGACGACGGUCUCUCGGUGGAGCCUUUCUUCUACAUUCCGGUCAUCCCAAUGGUGCUGGUGAACGGCACGACGGGCAUCGGCACCGGGUUCAGCACGAGCAUCCCGAACUACAACCCGCUGGAGAUCAUCAGCAACCUCGAGCGCCUCAUGCAGGGCGAGGAGGUGCACAAGAUGCAGCCGUGGUACUUCGGCUUCACCGGCACAAUGGAGGAGAAGGAGCCAGGUAAGUUCGUCUCCCACGGUAGGUACGAGAUACGCCCGGAUGGGGUGGUGUGCAUCACGGAGCUGCCGAUCGGGGUGUGGACGCAGACGUACAAGAAGUUCCUGGAGGACAUGCGGGAGAAGGAGCUCGUGGUGCAGUACCGCGAGCACACGACGGAUGUGACAGUGGACUUCGAAGUGUUUCUGCAUCCCCAGGUGCUGGAGCAGUGGGUCGCGCAGGAUGUCGUGGAGGAGCGGCUGCAGCUGAAGGAGUACGUGCACGCGACGAACAUCAUCGCCUUCAACAAGGAGGGCCAGAUCACCAAGUACUCGGACGCGGAGUCGGUGCUCAAGGAGUUCUACCUCGUACGCCUCGACUACUACGCGAAGCGCAAGCAGUACCUCUUGGGUGAGCUGCGUCGGCUGACGAGCAAGUUGGAGAACAUGGUCCGCUUUGUGCGUGAGGUGGUGGAGGGCACGCUUGUUGUGACCAAGCGGAAAAAGAAAGAGCUGCUCGAGGACCUGCAGCGGCGCAUGUAUCUGCCCUUCCCGCCCCACACAAAGAAAAAGCUGUCUUCGACAACCGUGGAGGAGGGGGACGGCGAGGCGGCGCCCGACACGCAGAACAGCGAGGAUGACGUGCUGGGCAUGGGACGCGCCGCCGACGGUGAAGCAGACGACGGCGCGGCAGAACCGCCGGAGGUGCGUCGUGCCACUCGCGACUACGACUACCUGCUUGGCAUGAAGCUGUGGAGCCUCACGGCGGAGAUGAUUGCGCGGCUGGAGGCGCAGAUGGCCAAGGCCCGCCGCGACACUGCCACGAUGGAGGCCCGCACACCGAAAGAAACGUGGAUGGAGGACCUCAAGGUGCUGCGCACCAGGCUGGAGAGCUUCUACGCGGACCGCGAAGUGGAGAUUGCCACCAUUCAACGCAAGAAGGUGAAGAAGCCGUUUGACACUCGACGACUGCGCGUGCCGAUCUUAUCUGACAAGGCGCGCUCUCUGCUGCAGAAGGAGGCGGUGAAGGCCAUAAAGGCAAACGGCGCCGGCGGCCGCCGUCGCGUCGGCGGUGGCGAUGACGCGCUUGUCGGUGGAGCCGCCUCGGCCGUUGGUGAGGCCGCGCGGCCGAAGCCGAAGAAGCCCGUGGCGAAGAAGCGACGCAAGGCAAAGAACAGCGAUGACGACGACGACAGCAACUCCGAUGAGGAGUGGAUGUUUGACGACAGCGAUGAUGACGAUGAGGGCGAGAACAUCAUGGGUAUGGGUGAUGCCGGAGCGCCGCCGGUGCCGGAGAGCGCACGGCCGCGCGGCUCUCCGAAGAAGCCCCGCGCAGCUCCGAAGCGCCGCGCGGGAUCGAAGCCGCGCAAGAAGGUCCGUAACAGCGACGACGACGACUCAAGCGACAGCAGCAUCAGCGGAAGCUCCAAGCCAGUGAGGCGCAGGCCCAAGAAGGACGCGACAUUGUCAGCCACUGCUGCUGCUACGAAGACUGCGGUUGAUGACCUUGACCUGGACGGCUUUGGACUCGAUGCGCUCACCUCUGCUUCACCGGCGAGUGCCGCUCCGAAGAUGGCCAUGGCUGCCGCGUCCCUGUCAAACGGUGCUGCAGCGCGCUCCACAAAGCCCACCGCAGACGCCGACGAUGAUCUCCUCCUGCUGGGGCUCAGCAAGGCGAAGCCACAGACAGCUCCACAGACUGCCCCAGCAGCCAGCAAGAGGACCGCUGCCACCUCUACCCGCCCUGCAAAGCCGCACGCGAAGCCGCCUGCUCAGCGGCGACGCCGCCGCAGCAGCAGUGACGCGAGCGAUGAUGAUGGCGAAGACAGCACCGAUGCGUCGGCGUCGUCAUCGGAGGAAUCCUUCGCGUCAUCCGACUCCGACUCUGACUACAGCUUCAGUGACUAG